GCACACACACACACACACGCACACACACACACACACACGCACACACGCACACAUGCAGACUCGCGCAAGAAGCUCGAGCCCCAGAGCUCCGGGGAGCGAGGACGUAAACGUGGAGCACGAGAGGAUGUGGGUAUGCUGACAACUGCAAACCGCCGCAGAUUAAAGACGCGCAGCAGACAGGCCAGGCAGCCGCUCUGAUCCUGCAGUUGUACCAACAACCCUACGAGGAAUGUAGCUCGUUCUCUGAGAUGCUCGUGUCCAGCAUGGUGCCCUGACCUCCGCCCAUCCACUCCCGCUGGGGGCGGCGUCGCCAUGAGGGGCCGCUGCUCGCGGAAACUGGGCCUGCUGCCCAAGGCCUUCUUCCUGGUCUGGCUCCUGUGGCUGGCCUACCUCAUCAUGGCGCGUUCCUCCUCCACCUCCUCCUCCCCCUCCUUGUCGCAGCCCGGCGACGGGGACGACGCCGCCGUGGACCACAGGAGGCUCGCGCGGCAGCUGGAGGACCCGUUGGCGGAGCUCGAGCUGGCCCGGCCGGUGUACAGCAAGCUGCCGGCGGACGCCAACGCGCUGGGGGAGUGGGGCGUGGCCACGCGCCUCAGCCUCAGCCCCGAGGAGAAGAAGCUGGAGCAGGACAGCGUGGAGCGCUACGCCAUCAACAUCUACACCAGCGACAGGAUCUCCCUCCACCGCCACAUCCGGGACAGCCGCAUGGCCGAUUGCCGUGCCAAGAAGUACGACUACCGGUCGCUGCCCACCACCUCGGUGGUCAUUGCCUUCUACAACGAGGCGUGGUCCACCCUGCUGAGGACGGUGCACAGCGUGCUGGAGACGUCCCCCGCCACCCUGCUGAGGGAGGUCAUCCUGGUGGACGACUUCAGCGACAGGGGCUAUCUCAAAGCUCAGUUGGAGGAGUACAUGAGUAAGCUGGCGCGCGUGCGGCUCAUACGAACCAACAAGAGGGAGGGGCUGGUACGUGCGCGACUCAUCGGCGCCACCUACGCCACCGGGGAUGUACUGACCUUCCUGGACUGCCACUGCGAGUGCAUCCCCGGGUGGAUCGAACCACUCCUGGAGAGGAUCGGCCAGAACCAGAGCACCAUUGUGUGCCCGGUGAUCGACACCAUCGACUGGAACACCUUUGAGUUCUACAUGCAGACGGACGAGCCCAUGAUCGGGGGCUUUGACUGGCGGCUUACCUUCCAGUGGCACGCCGUGCCAGAGGUGGAGCGCAAGAGACGCACGUCCCACAUCGACCCCAUCAGGUCGCCCACCAUGGCCGGCGGGCUGUUUGCAGUGAGCAAGGCCUACUUUGAGUACCUGGGGACCUACGACAUGGGCAUGGAGACAUGGGGAGGGGAGAACCUGGAGCUCUCCUUCAGGGUGUGGCAGUGUGGGGGCUCGUUGGAGAUCCACCCCUGCUCCCACGUGGGCCACGUCUUCCCCAAGAAGGCCCCCUACGCCAGGCCCAACUUCCUCCAGAACACGGUGCGCGCCGCUGAGGUCUGGAUGGACUCCUACAAAGAGCACUUCUACAACAGGAACCCGCCCGCCAAGAAGGAAUCUUACGGGGACAUCUCCCAUCGGGUGCUGCUAAGGCAACGGCUGAAGUGCAACAGCUUCGACUGGUACCUGAAGAACAUCUACCCCGACCUUCACGUCCCCGAGGACCGCGCCGGCUGGAACGGCGCUAUUCGUAACGGUGGAAUCACGUCCGAGUGUCUGGACUACAACUCUCCGGAUCACAAUCCCACCGGAGCCCACAUCUCCCUGUUCGGCUGCCACGGCCAGGGCGGCAACCAGUACUUUGAAUACACGUCUGAGAAGGAGAUCCGCUUCAACUCGGUGACUGAGCUUUGUGCUGAGGUCCCUGAGGGGCAGACCUACCUGGGGAUGAGGCACUGCCCACACGACCGGGAGACCAAGCCCCCCUCCUCCAUCUGGGAGUUCCGAGACGACGGGACCCUCUACCACCCCCACUCAGACAUGUGUGUGACGGCGUACCGUGCGCCAGAGGGCCGCACCGACGCCCAGAUGCGGCACUGCAGCGCCGAAGACAAGCACCAGCAGUGGAAGUUUGAGUUGUAGUAAACGGUGAACCCCAAACCAUAAAGAGGAUGAGCCACACCCCACGGUGACCUUUGAACUCUGAAAUGCAGUUAUGGUCC